AUUGCAUGCUUUCGACAGGUGCCAAUCUUUUCGGCCAAUGGAGGCCUUGUCAAGAUCGCCAUGUGUUCCUGGAUACUUCAGCCUUUUUCUGGCUGAAAACAGAAAUCGAAGCAGGGAGAGGGAGAGAGACAGAGAGACAGAGAGAAGAUGAGACUGUUCUGGAGCUCGUCUUCCUCUUCUCUGGUGUUGUUGGUACCUUUGAUAGUUGUAGUUCUGGUGGUUUCCGUAGUUGAUCCGAGCCACUCUUGGUUAGCAUCAAAGCUUCCAUGGAUAGACUCACCACUCCUUUCUUCUUCCUCUUCUUCUUUGUUAAAAUCUUCUGUCAGAUAUUCAUCACCGCCACCCCAGGCCUUGCAUGCCAGAGAGGGCAUCACACCAGAAGUACAGCCUGUAUUUUCUUCUUUCUCAGUGGCUCUUUCGCCGUCGCCUCUGGCUUUGCAUGAGACACAGGAGAGUCCCCUACCGAGCCCUGCUCUUCCGGUGUUCCAGAAUUCUACUUCCUUGUCAUCUUCAUCUCUGCCUCCAACCAGCGCCGCCGCACCACUUGCUUCUCGACAGGCUGCACAAAGGGAGGAUGUAAACCUUGACAAAGUGGAGAGCAGGAGGAAGAGGAGAUUCAGUAAAUUGGGUCAAAUUGAAGCAGCUCUUGCACGAGCUAGAACAGCCAUCCGAGAUGCUUCUCUUUAUGGAAAUCAGACUUCCAUAAUAGACGCAGAUUACACCCCUUGGGGACCAAUUUACAGGAAUCCAUCCAAGUUUCACAGAAGCUAUAUUGAAAUGGAGAAAGUAUUUAAGAUCUAUGUAUACAAAGAAGGGGAGCCUCCAUUGGUGCAUGAUGGCCCAUGCAGGAGCAUAUACUCUACGGAAGGUCGAUUCAUUCAUGAGAUGGACAAAGGAAAUAGAUUCAUUACAAAGGAUCCAGAAGAAGCUCAUGCCUUCUUUCUCCCCUUCAGUAUAGUAAAGAUGGUCCGCUUCAUUUACAACCGCCACAGGCGCGACGCCGGGCCAAUCAAGCGCUUUGUGGCCGAUUACAUCGAUGUAGUUUCGAAGAAAUAUGGGUAUUGGGAGAGAAAUCUCGGUGCAGAUCAUUUCAUGGUUUCCUGCCAUGACUGGGGGCCGAUGGCGUCUACUGCGAACUCCUAUCUUUACCACAACUCAAUUCGAGUCCUUUGCAAUGCUAACACCUCUGAAGGGUUCAAUCCAUCCAAAGAUGCUGCUCUGCCAGAAAUCAAUAUGAGAACUGAUAAACUGAGCAGGAUGAUUGGAGGUCCGUCGCCUUCUCGCCGGCCGAUCCUUGCUUUCUUUGCCGGAGGAGUGCACGGUCCGAUCAGGCCGGUCCUGUUGGACCAAUGGAAGGACAAGGAUAACGAUGUCAGGGUCUACGAGUACCUGCCCAAGAACCUGAAUUACUAUGAUCUGAUGAGGAAGAGCAAGUAUUGCCUCUGCCCAUCAGGGUAUGAAGUUGCAAGCCCGAGAAUUGUGGAAGCCAUCUACCUGGAGUGUGUACCGGUCACCAUCUCAGAGGGCUACGUGCCUCCCUUCAGCGACGUGCUGAACUGGAACUCGUUUUCCGUCAACGUGCCGCUGUCGGAGAUCGGAAACUUGAAGAAGAUCCUGAUGGGGAUCUCAACGAGGAGGUACCUGACGAUGCACAGGAGAGUGAAGCUGGUGCGGAGGCACUUCAUGGUGAACAGCCCUCCAAAGAGAUAUGAUCUCUUCCACAUGAUCCUUCACUCUGUGUGGCUCAGAAGACUCAACCAACGGCCGGGUCUUGGCUUGCAAGAGUUAGACAGAUGAUGAUUAGAACUGUAAAAUCACUACUCUUACGAUAUAUUCUUGUAUUCUUUCUGUUUGUUUACUUUGUCUCCUAUUUUUGAACGAGAGCUUGGUCUCUUUAGAGGAGCUUCCGUCGGCCGACUGCAGUCUUUCAGGUUAGAGAUGACGAAUUGGUAGCAGUCCCUGUAACUCCAUCCUACCAAAAAGAGAAAGGAAGAAGAAGAGAAAAGGAAAACUGAAAAGGGAUAUGACAUGAUUCUUCCGUGAAACUACUGAUAUCAGGUUUCUAUGCUAUCUGAUAGCUGCCGAGACCUUUUACGGUGUAAACUCAAAAAACCUGUGGAUCUCUCUCUAGUCGGGUAAGAGAUAGAGAUAGCAGAAUGAAAAUAAAGAAAGCUUAUGAAUUCUACCAAACAUUGUCAAAAGAUUUAACAUUUACAUUGUGAUAGAAGACCGAAUGAGAAAACAUAAGUACAUUAACAUA